GGACCCUUUCCGGCUUCCGUACUAUGGACAACCCUUCACUUAUCGUCGGUGUUGCAUUAUCCACGGGACAACCUCAUGUGGGUUUGUCAUAAAUAUUGACCAAAAUGUCCACUUCUGCGUCUCAUCGAUCUAUAUUUGAUUUAAGUCCAAACGAGGAGAUUUUGGAUGGACUUAAAGAGGUGAAAAAUAUUCCUAAACAAACAGCUGAAAAUGAACCAACACAAGACGAAAAUAAAAACCGGGAUGAUGGCAAAGAAAAGGAAAGCAGCCUGGUCAAAGACGUGUCUGAUAAGAUGUCCUGCUUGGCUUGUAAAUGCUCUUUUACUAACCGUGAAGAACAGAUGGAGCACUACAAACUUGACUGGCAUCGCUUCAACUUGAGACAAAAGAUGGAAGGAUUGUCGCCAGUAACAGUGGAGGAGUUUGAGAGAAAAACAGGAGCUGGUGACGUGUCAAGUAUCUCAGGCUCAGAGUCCGGCUCAGAGGAUGGAGACUCAGAUAGUGACUACAGUGGAACAAGCAGCAACGUCACUGGAACAGAUAAUGAGAGCGCCACUGAGAAUAGUUUGAUUUCUGGUCGAUUUUCAAGCAAGGUUGUUUUCCAGAAUUCUGCGGGACAGUAUCUCUCUGUGCACCGCUGUGUUCUCCAGGGAAAGACAAAUGAAGAGGAAGAUUUAGUGCAGGCCCUAAGAGCUGUAAACAAAAAGACUGUUUGGGUGAUUCUUAUGACCGGUGGAGGCCACUUUGCUGGAGCUGUGUUUCAGGGUAAAGAGGUCAUUCAACACAAGACAUUUCACCGAUACACUGUCCGUGCAAAGAGAGGCACUGCCCAAGGUCUCCGAGACGCACAGAAUCGCAGCCACGCCCCUAAAUCUGCAGGAGCUGCUCUGAGGAGAUACAACGAGGCCGCCCUGGUUAAGGACAUUCAGGAUAUCCUUGUUAGCUGGGUAGAUUACUUAACGGAAGCAUCUGCAAUAUUUGUGCGUGCUCCAAGCUACAACAACUCCAUUUUUUUUGGAGGUCGGACAGCAGCUCUGAAUAAAAAAGACUCUAGAGUUCGCAGUAUUCCCUUUGCGACAAGGAGGGCGACGUUUAGAGAAGUGCAGAGGGUACAUGAAGUGCUUGGAAAUAUGCAGGUUUACGGGAAUGAGACUGAUGUGUCCCUCAUCUUUAGUCCAUCCAAAAAGGCGUGGAAAAAAGCUGCCAAGGUGAACACCCAACCCAACACUGACCAAGACAAAGAAAACAGCUGCAAAACAAGUUCAGAGGAGGAGGGAGAGAGUGGAGCAGUCCAACUGGAAAUGGAAGAACUGUCAUUAACAACACUGGACUUGAGAGAGUCUGAAAUUUAUCCAUCGAAGCAGAAAAGGCGGAAAAAGAAAAAUAAAGAUGCUAAAAUGCAAACUGAAGAUUUGGAUAGUGCAGAACCUCACACUGAGGAGGAAAAAGAGGCGACAGAGGUUGUGGAAGCUCCUCAAGAAACUAAACCAAAGAGGAGGAGAAGAGGACAGAAAAAGAAAGAAUUGGAAGAUGCUGUUGAUGAUUCUUGGGAGUACAGUGUGAAGGACGCGCUCUUUACGGCCUGCAAGAUCGGAGAUGUAGACGGUUUACAACGACUUUUGAAUGGAGAAAAAACAGAAGAAGAGACUGAGACUUCAGAUGUCAAAAACCCUCUUAUAUUUCUAAAUAAACCCAUAGACUCAUCAGGAUUCACUUUAUUACACGUUGCUUCAGCUGCUGCACAGAAAGCGGUGGUCAAGUGUCUUUUGGAUGUAGGAGCAGAUCCAGCCUGCAGAGACAAGAAAGGCCAAACUCCAUAUAAUGUAGCACCAGAGAAAGACACAAGAAACGUUUUUAGGAAAUACAUGGGGGAGAAUCCUGAUAAGUACGACUACAGUAAAGCACAGAUCCCAGGCCCACUCACAGCGGAGCUCGAGUCCAAAAAGCAAGAGAAGAAAAAGGCUCAAAAAGCACAGAAAAAACAGCGAGAAAAGGAGCAAAAGGAGGAGAAGAAGAAACAAGAGAUGGAGGAGGAGGAGAAGAAGAGGUUUGCGGCUUUGUCAGACCGAGAAAAGAGAGCCUUGGCAGCAGAGCGCAGACUCGCUGAACAGGCUGCCGCGACAGGAGUUAGCAUCGCAAAUGCAAAGAGAUGCUGGAUGUGUGGAGAGUCGCUUCUGGGGAAAAUCCCUUUUGAGUAUCUGGAUUUCACAUUCUGUAGCCCGCGUUGUGUCCAGCAGCACAGAAAGGCCAACGCCAAAUGACCCUAGUUAACUGUGUAGAUCAACUACAGAGUAAGCUACCUCAUGACACUAAGAAAAAAAACUCAAAGCCACCAGGUUGCAAUGUAAUUUUUAUCUCAUUGUAAUAAAAAAAAAUCAUGAAAUGCAAUAAAAAGUAAAACAUUUUCUAA